CAAUAGUGAGACUCACAUGGUGGGUAUAUAGGCAGGUGUAGUUUAGCUUGAUGCAACAGACUCAACAUUUCAUCAAGUUGAUAUAUACUCUCUAUUUUGGAACAACUCUUUUCUAUCGCACGAAGCCUAACAUCUUAAGGAGACCAUGGUUAUGUUGAAGAUCUCCGCUUUCCUUGUUGCCUAUGCUCUGAUUAUUUGCCAGACGUACAGCUCGAACGCAGCUCCUGCCAGGCCUGCAUUGGAAGCCACACAAGAUCGAGCUACACUUACCGACUACGAAGCCAGACGAUUGCUUAACGCGAUUGUCAAAGAAUUUGUGCAAAUGACCGCAGAGGACAUGGAGCAACAAUCUACUGAAGAAAACAGCAUGGGUAGACCGGUGUCCAAGCGCUGCUCCAGCCUCAGCACCUGUGUGCUGGGAAAACUGUCCCAAGAGCUGCACAAGCUGCAGACGUAUCCACGCACCAACGUAGGAGCGGGUACACCGGGCAAGAAGCGCAGCCUGGAAGACACCGACGCGUUCGGUGGAUACGGAGAGGCAGCCGAUCGUAUCUAAUCGACAGCGACUGCAUCCCAAUGCUUGGCCCUGAUAUGCGAGUGCAUGCGGACGUUUGCUUGCCUGAUUGACUUGAACGAACAUUUUUUUCUACUUUCUUUGGCAGAGUAACAAAUCUCAUUUCACACAGUCACUGGAUCUAUUCAGCUAAUAUAUGCGAUUCGUGAAAUCAGGGAGCUCUCAUUGGUAGACAAGCGUUUUUAACCCACAGCGAAAUUUCUGUUUGAUUUGAUUUAGCUUUUGAUCUAAUAAAGCUAUUUUUAGAAUGA